GGGCGGGCUGGUAGCGUCGCCCAGGGCAACGGCGAUGGCGGCCACAGCGGCCGGGCGGCUCUUCUCGCUGGAGCUGCUCGUAGACUGGGUACGGCUGGAGAUCGGGCUGUCACCGAGCGCCAGGGACCCCGCGGUAGCAUUUCGCCUGCUGGACUUCCCUCCGCUUCUCGUCCUUCCGCCUGCCGCUUCUGGCCGGGAACCCCAGGACGGCACCAUCGGCUUCGGGCGCGGCAAGGCCUGCCUACUACGCCUGCGCCCCGCCGCUCUGCCUAGCCCGCGCCUGCGCGCCGCCCUGCUGCAGCUUCCUGAGGGCCCUGCGUCUGCACCGCUCCUGUUGGGGGCUUGCGACAUCCUGUUGGUAGCCUCCCAGGGCCGACGGGGUAAAUUCACCUUGCGAGGCCCGGCGGGCGAGCGCGUCGGGGAAUUGGCGCUCUUCUUCUGUCUAACGGACCUGGGACGCUUUCCCUCGGGGGCUCCGGAGCUGCAGGGCCUGCUGAGCCCUUCGAGUGUCACGGGUUCCCAGGCCCUGGAGGUGUGGGAGCCACCUACCCAGGAGACCUCGAAGCCAUGCACCAAAAAAGCCGCUGUCAAAUGCCUACAGUGUGCCUCAGAUGCACGCUGCUUGGAGGCCUCAGAGACAUGCACCAAGGGUUCCAACAGCUGGUCUGCAGGAGAUUCAGAUCCCUCAGCUGUCCAGAAGUCCUGGGAAGAAGCAGUCUUACACAGUAAGGCCAGCUCUGGGGAUAUGCCUUCUGCCCCUUGUUCACCCGCUCUCAGUGGGAGAACUGUCAGCCCCCUCAGCCCAGAGGUCACGGAGCUGGACUUUGAAACCAACAUCUUUUGCCCUCCUCCUCUGUACUACACUCACCUGACUCAGGAAAAGACACCCCCUGACAGGGUUGAAAUCACUAUCGAGCCUCAGAGAAACGGACCUGAGGAGCUGGAUGGCAUUUUACCCGAAACAAAACUUGUAGGUCCUCCCAUACAUCCGGUGAAACAUACAGGAUCUGCAACGGGGGAGAGCCCUCCAGUACGUCUAAAUCCUCCGCAGAUGCAAGGUCCAGGUGCAGUUAAUGAGGUUGCAUGUCCCCCUCAGACUGAACAAAGUACAGCCAAUGCAAUAAGACAGCUGCCGCUGUUGAAUGCUUUGUUGAUUGAGCUGUCCUUGCUUUGUAACCAGCCAGUGGCAAGUCCCACUCAGGUUCACCCCCACUUAGCCUGGUUGUACAGAGGUGAACAUAAGGGACCAGAACCUUCUGUCAAGUCUACAUCUGGGUCAGAAUCAAAGAGCAACAAACUUUCCUUUCCAGGAAAUGAAAAGCUCGGGAGUGGGAGUGUUCAAUCUAAAAAGAACCCUAAUGGUAAACAUUCAGAGAUCAGUGGUAGCCCUCCAGCGAGGGUUACAAAGGGGAAGCUGCUUUAUGGCUUAACAAAUACACUAAGACUGCGUUUAAAGCAAACAAACCCUGACAUGCUGGCUGUACACGAAAAGAGAGAGCAGUAUAGAAAAUCGAAAAUACAAGCUGUGGGGCCAAAAUUCCGAGCCCCGCCAUGGAAAGGGAAAGUACCAAGCUUGGCAGCACAGAGACAGAUGCCACCACAGCUGCCCAAGGAUAAGUUUUCAGACUUAAAUGGGUCUUUUGCUGAACGUAGUGAUACUUCACGACAGAUCAGUGCAUGUCUUGAUGAGUCAAGUACAACUAAAGAAAUGAAAUGGAGCCAUGCUGUUAAAAAAGAAACAGUUGAGCAUAGUGAAAACAGAACCAGCAACACUUGGUUGGAAGCAGGUGGGUGUCCUGAAGAUUCCGUUAUUCCAGAGAGAUCUCAAUCAAAUUUUCUGGGAGAAACGUCAAAAGUGAAAGUCCAGAGCCCAGAGCUUUCCCAACAGGAUCCUACUGUUGACAAUAUUGUAGAUGAGGGGAAAGAUGGUAGGGAAAUCAAAGUCACAGACGUUGUGAUUGCUGAUACAAGUGAAAACAGACCACCCAGUAGAAACAGUUCCUGUGCGAGCAUCUCAGAGCUACAGGAUGAGUUUGUCAGCCCUUGCUAUUCUGAAGACUUCUGCAUGACUGAGAAUAACAGCAGAAGUCUUCUGGCUCCCAACUCCAGCUCAGGGGCAGAAAAUGUCCAACAUGGUUCCCAGACAAGCAAGUCAAGUGAGGCACGGCUGUCCACCAGGAAAAGCAGCAGUGGAGUGAGCCCUGUGCCCAGCCCUCCCUUCUCUGCUGGCUCACCAGUAUGCUCACAUAGACGAUCUCAUGUAUUGAAGACUUCCCAUAGGAUUCUGGAGGACACCUCCAGUAGCUCCACCAGUGACUUUUCAUCACAGUGGACAAAUGAAAAGGAAAACCAGGCAGAUCCUCUGAGUAAAGGUAGUUCAAAGGUCAUGAGGACAGGUCGGGACAGCUCCACUAAACUUAAAGUAGGAGCCAGUCGAAAGUCCUCUGAGAAAAGCCAGUCACCAAGGACAUCUCAAGUGAGUUCUUAUGAGCCAUCAAAUUUGUCCGAGCUAGAACUCAAGGGCUUAGACAACAGUGCAUCAGCUGACUUCCAAGAAGAGGACGAUGACCUUGGGUCACUGAAUAUCUCCAAACAGUGCAGAGAUAUUUGCGAAUUAGUAAUAAAUAAACUUCCAGGAUAUACCGUGUGAAAGUAUGCUGCUUUAGAAAACUUAGGUUUACCUGAUGAGUGCUGAUACUGAAGAGAUGUAAUAUUCAUGCUAAACCUUAGUACAUAACUUGCAUGGUAGUUGUUUUAGGGAAUGUAGAUAGUUUGUCAUUGAUGUUUAGUGUCUUUUCCUUCAAGCUGAUCAUACUCUCAAGUCCCUGUUAAACUUAUGAAUGAUUACUUUGUAAGAUGCUUAAGAUUAAAAGUAUGUCUGUAUAUUCUGCCAAAGUGUUGUCUUGCAGUGUAGAUAAUUCUAAAGUUGGCGUUUCAUGCACCAUUGUAAAGAGAAGAGCUUGUUAAUGAGCUUAGCACCAGUUCUUAAUGGGACUAGAUCUGGUAACAGAUGGAUGUGUUAGAGUGUGAGUUGUAGGAAGGGAUUUGUGAUCUACUGCUGCUAAGAGCUUCUUUUAUUAUUUAAUCUCCCUUUUAUAUGACUCUGUUAACACUUACUUGUUAAGAAAUCCUGUCUUGUUUUCCACACCAGUAUUACCUUAGUUGUUUUGUUUGUUUGUUUUUAUGAAGUUGCUGAAUAAAAAGCCUUGGCAGUUAAAAUGCCUACUAUAGGCUGUAGCACUAACACUAACAAGAAGUGUAGAAACUCCCUAAUGGAGACAUGUUAGGAUAAUAUUUUACUUCUCUUAAUCAUGAACAGCCUUCAAGCAUCCGAAAGCAUUUAGAGAGAACAAAGUAAGGCUUCAUCCCAUAUAGUUUCGUGAAUAGGAGUUUAAUUUAUGUCAUGUUUUCAGGUUGUUCAAUGUUUAUUUAUAACAUGGGAAAGCUGGCUUUCAUAUACCCUAGUCAUCAGUUGUGUUCAGAUAUUUAUAGGUGUGUUUUUAUAGCUGUGUUAUACUGUAACUUUUAGACUUUUUAAUGUAGUUGAUGUUUUGGAGCCUGUGAGGCAAAGCCCUGAUUUUUCUUUUAUUACAUAAAUUAUAAAAAAUCCAUAAUCAUGUGGGCAUGUUCUGAUUGAUUACAAUAGUAGGUAAGAUUUACAGCAAUGAUGAGAAGAGGCCAUUCUCCCUUGGGGAUCAUUGUGAAUAAAAGAGCGAGGCUUUCCUGGGAUAGAGAGAGGCAUCUUGAGGAUAAUGUUAUGUUCAUGUUUCAGUGCUAUAAAGAAAAAAGUUCCAGAUUAUAGAGAGACUCAAAAGUCCAAGUGCAUAGCCAAGUGAUGGGAGAUAGGAACAGUACAGCUUGGGCUCUGAGUGAACACCAGUAAACAGUCACAGCCUUUGAGUAUUGUAAAAUACUGGCAGUAAUUAUUCAGAGUUACAGAAAUUAAGUGGGGAAAUGGAAAAGGACUUUAUGGGUACAGACUGAUUUCUCCUUGUUUGUAAACAGAAAAUGCAUGUUGUGUUUUGAAUUUGUAAGACAUAGCUUGGUACUCAAACAUGAACUAUGUAAAUUGUUUGAUGGCAAUUUUUCUCGUGAAAGAGACAAAAAAUAUAAGUGCUAGAAGAAUAAUCAAAGGCAGUUUGAAUGAGAAACAUCUCCCAGUAGUUGAUGUAGUUGAACACUUGGUCCUUGUUUUAUAGCAUUGUCUGGGGAGGUUACGGAAGCUUUUGGAGGAGGAGCCUUGUAGGAGGAAGUACAUCACUGCACGGGAAGCUUUGAGAAUAUAUAGCUUUGCCCCGCU